CGGGGAGAGAGAUAAGCCAUUUAUACUUAUCAAACAUGAUCGAGUAAGGGUCCCCCUCAUUACCUGCCCCACGUUGCCCGCCAUCAAUCACCUGUUUUCCACUGCAGAACAAUUUUUUUUCUUCUUCUCUCCAUUUUGAUGUCCUUUUCUUUCGAUUCUUCUUGAUAUUCUUAUUUCUUUUAACCUAUUCCCCAGCUUGUUGCAAUUCCGAGUUUCUUGCUUGUGCAUAGACCGACCUGUCCUUACCAGUUAAACCCAAAGCAUACAAAGACACAAUGACUGUUGCUGCUGCUACAUUUCCCCGCCUGGGCUGGAUUGGCCUCGGUGCCAUGGGUCUUGGAAUGGCCAAGAACCUUCAGCGUCACCUCACUUCGACUGGCGCUCCGGCGUUGAUCUUCACCAACCGCACCCUUUCCCGGGGCAAGGACCUGGAAGCGUUGGGCGCAAAGCCCGCAAACACCGUUGCGGAAGUUGUCCAGAGCUCGGACAUUGUCAUCUCUAUGCUCAGCAAUGACCAAGUGCUUCACUCGGUGACCGACGAGGUGCUUGCCGCAGGCGACUUUUCUGGAAAGAUUUUGAUGGACUGCACAACCGUGGGCCCGGAUACUUCUGUGGAGAUUGGCGAAAAGGUGUCCAAGGCUAAUGGUCAAUUCAUUGCUGCUCCUGUGUUCGGUGCCUCUCCGGUUGCUGAUGCCGGCAAGCUCAUCUUCACCGUUGCCGGCCCCAAGGACGCAUUGGCCAAGGUUGAGCCCUACAUUGUUGGCGUCAUGGGUCGCCUGAGCAUUCCCAUGGGCGAAGAUGUUUCCAAGUCGAGCUUGUUGAAGAUUGCUGGAAACAUUCUCGUUGUCGGCUUCCAGGAGAUCAUUGGUGAGACACAGGUUUUCGCCGAGAAGACCGGCCUCGGCGUCGAAGUUAUUGAGAACCUCAUCGGUGACAAUUUUGGUCCCACCCUCCUCUCCUACUCUAAGCGUCUCACCGGAGGCGUGUACGCUCCCCCGCGGGAGUCCCGCCCCGGCUUUGGUGUCGACCUUUCCAUGAAGGAUGCCCGACACGCCAUCCGCCUCGGCAGCGAAGAGGGUGUCAAGAUGCCCGCUCUUGAAGUCGCUCUGAAGAACAGCGAGCGCGCCAAGGAGUACGCCGACCAGGAUGGCGGCCGCCCGCUCGACAGCUCCUCCAUGUACGGCACUCUGCGGCGGGAUGCUGGUCUCGACUUUGAUACCAACUUUGUUAAGCAGCGCGAUGCCGCCAAAUAAAUGGAUGGUUUCGUGGAGCCAAAUGUCAAGAAAAAGAGAAUUACUACGAUAAGAUAAAACGGUCAUGUAUUUCAUUGCAGCGUUGGAUUAUAGAGAAUAGACUUUACGAUUAUAGAAAGAAGGUCUGGCACCUUCUGAGGCAGCGUCCGGCCUUUCUCGAUAGACUUUGCUCUUUAAAAAGAAUUAAUAAGCAUUUAAUAGAUCACGCUUGAUGCACAGUGAUGCAAGGUUGCCAAAUCGAUGAUGCGAUGCCUCAAGUCAAAUCUGUGAUCAAGGUAU